AGGGCUGAGAGUGGCUUGGGUUGGGUUAGCAGCCGAGGGCAGACAAGAUCCUGGAUCUGUUUUCAAGGCAGAGUCAGCACAUCACCCAAGGGUGUAUGUGACAAAGGGAGGGACCAAGGGGACCUCAGGGCUUUGGGCUCAGGAAAAGAAGGAACAGGUUGUCCUUGACUGAUGUGAGGAAGGAAGACUUGGGAAGUAAGGGUUGAGUGAGGCCAGGAAUUCCAAUUUGGACAUGUCAAGCUGGAGAUGCUACGAGAUACCCCAAGAGCAGUUAAAGGAGAAAUGAAGAAAGAGGAGACACUGAGACCCAGUGAGAGCCCGGCAAAGACUGACUUCUGUGUGCUAUGGCCGCAGACCCAGGAACGCCUGGAGCCUCCAGAAACUGAGAGGGAAAACCCUUCCUGGAGUCUCUCCAGGUCCUGCCACCUAAGCGCGCGAUUGGCUGGCACGGCGGGAUCCUUCGGGACUGGCCUGGGCGGCGCGGACCAGGCCUGAGGCRGCGGCGCGAGGCAGCAUGAUCUGAGACGGCGAACAUGGACUUCUCUCGGCUGCACACAUAUACCCCACCCCAGUGUGUGCCGGAGAACACCGGCUACACCUACGCACUCAGUUCAAGUUAUUCUUCUGAUGCUCUGGAUUUUGAGAUUGAGCACAAAUUGGACCCUGUAUUUGAUUCUCCAAGGAUGUCCCGUCGUAGUUUGCGCCUAGUCACCACAACCUACAGCAGCGGGGAUGGCCAGGCUGUGGACCUGCACUCCUGCACCAGCAGGGCUGCCUCCCUCCAGGGUGGAGCUGCMAGAACAGCCAAGCAGCGCAGAAGUGCAAGCAAGCCAGCAUUUAGUAUCAACCACCUGUCAGGGAAGGCUACAUCUUCAGGCGCCAGCCAGGGCAGCUCUCGAAAUCUGCGGAGCACUACAGCCCCGCGGCCACCCGUGCUGGACGAGUCUCUGAUUCGUGAACAGACCAAAGUGGACCACUUCUGGGGUCUUGAUGAUGAUGGUGAUCUUAAAGGUGGAACUAAAGCUGCCACUCAGGGAAAUGGCGACCUGGCAACAGACGCAACCACCCACAACGGGUACAUCUGCAGGGACUGCAGCAUGCUCUCCCAGCGCACAGAAGCUCUCACAGCACACCCCGCCUCCCAAGGACCCUCGUCAAGAGUUUAUUCUAGGGAUAGGAACCCAAAACGCGGUGCUUCUCUCUACGUGGAUAGUAUUUUGUGGCUGGCCAAAUACACUUCGUCAUCUUUUUCAUCAUUCUUAGUUCAACUUUUUCAAGUGGUUUUAAUGAAGCUCAAUUAUGCAUCAGAAAAUUAUAAAUUGAAAAGUUAUGAAUCAAAAGAUUAUGAACCAGAAAGCUGUAAGUCAAAAAACCAUGAAUCAAGAGCUCAUCGCAGUUACCUCGGGAGGAUGGCUGUCAGAGAGCUUUCCAGAGAGGAUGGCCACACCAGUGUGUAUGGGGAGUCCCAGUGCGACGACUGUAAGGGAAAGAAGCACCUUGAGACCCACACAGCCGCCCACUUGCAGCUGUCCAGGCCACGCAGGGUGGCAGGGGCCGUGGGGCGCCUCUUCACCCAUGCAGGUCACUUCCUGGUGCAGAUGCUGCGAAGGGUUGGAGCUGCUGGAUGGCUUGUGUCCGAGACAGUGCGGUCGGUCCUUUGGUUGGCUGUUGUUGCUCCAGGGAAGGCAGCCUCCGGAAUGCUUUGGUGGCUAGGGAUUGGAUGGUACCAGUUUGUUACUUUGAUUUCCUGGCUGAAUGUGUUUCUUCUUACAAGGUGCCUUCGAAAUAUUUGCAAGUUUUUAAUUCUGCUCAUUCCACUAUUACUUUUACUAGGUGCAGGCAUCUCCCUGUGGGGCCAGGGUGACUUCCUUUCACUCCUGCCUAUAUUAAAUUGGACAAAUGUGCAUUCAGCACACAGGACCAAUGACCCUAAGGACAUGUUCAGACCUGGGGCUUCUUACCUGAACCAGCCUCUGCAGGCUGAUGACAGGGCUUCCCAGUGGCAUCAAGAGAGUGACAUGGGGCAUCAGGUGGCCUCUCUGACUGCACAGUGCCACAACCAUGACCAGAAACUCAAAGAGCUGACAGUCUUGCUCCAGAAGCUGCAGGUGCGGGUGAACCAGAUGGACGACGGCAGGGAAGGGCUGUCAUCCUGGGUUAAGGACACAGUCACACAGCACCUGCGAGAGAUGGGCCUUGCUGGGCUGCCAAGCACUGAGACCAACAUCGUGACUUUCAACCAUGAUCAUGAAGUGCGUCUCUCAAACUUAGAAGAUAUUCUGGGAAAACUGAGAGAAACAUCUGAGGCCAUCCAGAAGGAAUUAGAACACAUCAAGCAGAAAACAAUUAGUGGAGCUGAGGAGCAGCCCCUCCUGCCCCGAAUUCAGCACCUGGAGCUGGAACUGGGCCUGCUGAGAACACAGCUGUCAGACUGGCAGCAUCAGAAGGCCAGCUGUGAGGAGGUGGAUACCCAGGUCAGAGAAACCAUCAAGCUCCUAUUUUCUGAGGACCAGCAAGGUGGCUCCCUCGAGUGGCUGCUGCAGAAAUUUUCCUCUCAGUUUGUGAGCAAGGAUGACCUGCAGGUUUUGUUGCAAGACCUGGAGCUGCAGGUGCUGAAGAACAUCACCCACCACAUUACAGUGACAGGACAGGCCCCAACGUCAGAGGCUGUCGUGUCUGCCAUGAGCAACACUGGCGUCUCUGGAAUCACAGAGGAGCAAGUGCAUGUCCUUGUGAACAAGGCUUUAAAGCUGUAUUCUCAAGAUAAGACUGGGAUGGUGGACUUUGCCCUGGAAUCUGGUGGUGGCAGCAUUCUGAGCACUCGAUGCUCUGAAACAUAUGAAACCAAGACAGCCUUGCUAAGCCUGUUUGGAAUCCCCCUGUGGUACUUCUCACAGUCACCCCGUGUGGUGAUCCAGCCUGACAUAUAUCCAGGUAAUUGCUGGGCAUUUAAAGGCUCCCAGGGGUAUCUGGUAGUUCGGCUGUCAAUGAAGAUCCAUCCCACCACAUUCACAGUGGAGCACAUACCAAAGACACUGUCACCAACUGGCAACAUCUCCAGUGCCCCCAAGGACUUCGCAGUCUACGGUUUAGAAAAUGAGUAUCAAGAAGAAGGGCAGCCUUUGGGACAGUUCACAUAUGACCAAGAAGGGGAGUCACUGCAGAUGUUCCAUGCUCCGGAAAGACCUGACAAAGCCUUCCAAAUACUAGAACUCCGCAUCCUCUCAAACUGGGGCCACCCUGAGUAUACCUGCCUGUAUCGGUUCAGAGUUCACGGAGAACCCGCAAAAUAAAGGAUUCCCUAGUUUUGUAUAUGCUUGUAUAUACCAGAACUGCCGGAAACACUGGAUCCUUGGGGUGAGGGCAUGCGUAGAACAGUAACAUGUCAGCCCUACAAUCAGCAUAUGCAGUGGCAAAGGACCUGCACGGUGAGUCCUCGAAAGCACUGCAUGCCAUGUGCGUGGUCCACAAAGACUCCGUGGUGGGUUCCUGGAAACUCAUUUGAAUGUAUGGUUCUCAAAGACACUCAUUUUAUUUGGGGGAUUUGUUUUUUAAUAUAAGCCCUUUAAAUUCUUGAUAUCAGGAGCAAAGCAGGUGGAGUUGACAGGUUUGUUGGACCUUUAGGAGUGCAGACACAGUCCAUCUGUCAAACCCACACAUGUUCUUUCAGGGAAAACCAUCUCCUAGUUUUUGGAUUCUGAAACUUCCACCAGGUGGGUUCCUUGUUUCAGCACUUAGGUUCCCCAGUUGCGUAGGGGCUGAGACGUGUCCUGUGCCUCCUUGGUGCUGAGCAAGACAGAGUGUUUUUCUGCUGAGGGUGAGAGCGUGACCAGAAGAGGGGCAAUUUGGGUCCCAACCAACAUCAUAAAUGGAAGAGCUCAGGAGGAUGUUGCAGUUGAAAUUCACAGCAUGGACAGCAACUAAAAGAUCUCACCUUCUGUUGUCCUUGGGCUGUGUUUUGAGUUCUGCUGAAGGGGCAACACUAAGGCCCCUGACCCUCCAGGGCAUGUCAUCAUUGUUGUAGAGUCCAGUCUUUCCUAUGGCAGCACUGUUUACUGGCUCUCAGUGGGGUUUGCCUUUUAUCCAACUGUCAGCUAUUCUCACUUGAUUCUUGUGAGACUUCUUUUGGUUAUAAUUAAUAUUUAAUACUACAGACUAUUUUAUGAACAGACUUUAUAAUGGAGAUAUAUGUACAAGGCACUUCAAGUGUUAGAUGUUUUACUUUAAGAAUUAUUUACAUUUUGUUGGUCAAGACAGCCUUGGCACACCAUAAAUGCUGUACUUUCAGAAAAAGCAUGGCGGUGCUCACUGGUCUCUGGAGUUUUGUGUGGGCUGUACAGUCCUCAAGUACUUCAGCCACAUAGAUCUGUGCUUCUCCGAGAGUUGAACCAGUGCCCAUGCAGCUAGGUUGGGUGAAAUGUGUACAGAUGUUUCCUAUAUUAUAGGUACAUAUAUAAGUCAAAUUUCCUAUAUAAAGCUAAAUUUGGAAGUUGGGGUGGAGAUAUUUUGAAUAUUUAUUUUUAAAGAUGCAAGAUAGGACUUUGUGCAAUGUAUUUUUGUAAAUGYUUUUCAAAAUAUUUGUCUUUGGUAGUGUUUCUUUUGCUGCCACCAAAUUGAUAAGAUGCUAUUGAGAUGUUUAAAGAGUUUAAAUUUUUAAAAGUGCAUGUGAUAUUUCAAAUGAGUAAUAAACAGUAUAUUUCCUUUCUCA